CCUCGAAGUGAGCACGCGGUCCUCGCGCGCGGCGGUUCUUAACGUUUCUUAUACGCGCGCCGCGUCGUCGGAUAAGUACCGGCGCCUGCGUGAUGCCGACCACGCGUGCAGAGAGAAGUAUAUAGGAUCGUGGCUGGCCACCGCCAGCGUCACAUUGCAUCCCCCCGACAUACGUCCUUCAGCUUCGCCUAAGUCCCGACACCCCCAGUGGCGGUCGGUGCUCCCAGCUCCGGGUCGAGGGAUCGGCGUCACCUCGAGGAACGCCACGUCGCGCCCGAUCGACCGAGAUCGAGCACUUCGAGCAGACGCUUCGGAGACACGACGGAGAGACGUCCUCGUCUUCCGGCAUCCGUAUAUCUGAGCUGAUCCUCGGCUGAUCAAGGACGCCUCUUGCGCGACCGGAUAUCGUUGCGCGAACCGAUUCUCCUUCCUGGAACCAUCGCCGCAUGUUGUAAGUCGAGGUGGCCUCAUCGGCGCGGUAACGACACUACGUAACAUCCGGGGCGAGAGGAUUCAGGAACGCGCGAUUGUUAAUAUGGGCAUCAGCUUCGUUUCGUUGGUCGUGGUGACUAUGGUACUGAUAAUCACCGGUAGUUUUGGAUGUGCCGUAGGGAAGAGGAGCACCACGGGCGACGAUAUCGUCAAUGUCGACUAUCCCGAUUACUUGCCCAAACACAACGAUCCGGUAAUGCCAAAAAGAGCGGCUCUAUUACUGGAUCAAUUUCUGCUAGCUCUACAGAAGGCCGUCGAUCAUGGACCAAGUUCAGUUGGAAGCACAUCUUAUAAGCAAGUUGUAAGCAAGCCACCGACGCAUCGUUUCCUAGCUGCCAACUCGGAAAUCUUCCCUAUAGCGGAUGAUCAAAUGAUGGAUCUGAAACGACGCGGACACAAGAGUGAUCCCUGGCUUUGUUACUUCAAUGCCCUCGCGUGCUACAAAAAGAAGUGAUAAUGAUCAAGCAGCCGUCAAGUUUUCCUCAAUCCCUAAAGACCGAAAGAGAGCGCGCAAAAUUUCGUAUUAUUUUCUCGACUUGCAAUUAGCUGCAGCAGCACGAAGAGAUUGUAACGGUGUUUUUCCUGAGUGUAAAAAAAAAAAACAAGUGAAGAUCAAGAAUGUACAGUAGCACAAAUUCGCAUGAUUGCGAUUGUACUAGGAACGACGAGUCGAUUCUCGUUCGAUCUCUUCGAUUGUUCUUCUGUUUCUUUUGGCGCGCCAAAAGGAUACCUCUGAGCCCUUCUUCUCAGCGACUAUAUCGCCGUCCCGUCUCUUUUAUUCGUCACACGCGUCGGGAAGGAAUUAUUUAUACUUACUUUUCUUCUUGCUUAUAUAAAGUAAUAAUUGAUUGAAAAUCUAUCCAUUAAAUGACUCUCUUCAAGCAUAUCAACCAAAUUGAAAUUGAAAAAUUUGGUAUAAACCUAAAUCAUGUGAGUUUCGAUUUCAAAUUUUUACGAGUUACCUUUUAUUUAUUAUUCUUUAUCUUACUUGAUGUUAAUCGAUAAACGUAUUUGAAAUGUAUAUGUAUAUACAUAUAUACAAAGUGGACAACAUAAUUUGAGCAUCUUAAUAGAUAUCUCACUCAUUUUUAAUAAUCCCAUGUAAAAAAGUCCAUGUUAAAUCGAUAGUCGAAAUUUAUUGUUGACGCUUUUCCGUAAUACUGAUUGGUUCUCCCGCUGUGCUUACUUCGCGAGCUAUCAUCAUCGUGGAGAUCGCGACAGUUAUCAAGAAUUAUGUGUGUAUCGAGUAAAUUUGUAAUUUAUAAUAUCAAAAGCCGUGUAUCGCGCGCGUAGCGCGCGCUUGUUUUGCUAGUAUAAUAAAAGAUGUCAGAGGAAAA